GGAUGCGCCUCCCCCACCACCCUUCGAUGCGCCGCCGCCGCCUCCACCUGAAGACGAGUCCCUCGGCCCCGCGCUGCUCCCCAAGAAAGUCAAGAAGGGAUGGGCGUCGCAGAAGAAGCAGCCGCCGAGCAUCGACGACAUUCUCAAGGCGAAGCGCGAGAAGGAGGCUGCGGCCGCGAAACCGAAGUUUCUGUCCAGGGCGGAGCGCGAGCGGAUUGCGCUGGAGAAGAGGAUGAAGGAGGCGGAGGAGGCGCGGAGGAGGAGGGAGGGCGCGGGGGGGAGUGGGAGUGUGAAUGGGAAUGGGAUUGCGAAUGGGAAUGGGAACGGGACUCGGGAGAUUGCAGCACACAACGGCACAUCAAUACCCACAGGGCCGCGGUCGAUGCGGUAUGAAGCGCCCGCGCGCGACGGCCCACGCAGUAAAGAUAUGGCACCGCCGCCAGUGCCGGAGAAGAAGGCUGGCAAGCGCCCGCCGCCCGAGGACACAGAGGCGGCGCUGAUCCGGAAUCGCUACAUGGGCGCCGAGCAGAACCAGUCGACCUUUUCGGCCAAGAAGAAGCGCAAGCGCACUACGGAGAAGAAAUUCAACUUUGAGUGGAACGAGGAAGAGGACACCAGUCACGACUACAACCCCAUCUACCAGCAGAGGGCCGAGGCCAACUUCUUCGGCCGCGGCAAGCUGGGCGGCUUCACCGAAGCCACCACCGAGCGCAGCACCCAGCAGUUCAUCGAGGCCAUGAUCGAGCGCGACCCCGAGUCCGGGCGUGCACGUGCCGAGGCCAUCCUCGAAAUGGAGCGCCGCCGCAAGGAGGAGGGCGGCCGCGCGCAGCUGGACAAGCACUGGAGCGAGAAGAAGCUCGAGCACAUGCGCGAGCGCGACUGGCGCAUUUUCAAGGAGGACUUCAACAUUGCCACCAAGGGCGGCGCCAUCCCCAACCCCAUGCGCAACUGGGGGGAAGCCGGUCUGCCAGACAACCUCAUGCGGAUCGUCGACCAGGCCGGCUAUGCAGAGCCGUCUGCCAUCCAGCGCGCUGCCAUCCCCAUCGCCCUGCAGUGCCGCGAUCUCAUCGGCGUCGCUGUCACGGGUUCCGGUAAAACGGCCGCCUUCAUCCUGCCGCUCCUCGUCUACAUCUCGCAGCUGCCCCCGCUGGGCCCCGCCAACCGCAACGACGGCCCCUACGCUCUAAUACUCGCCCCGACCCGUGAACUGGCGCAGCAGAUCGAGGUCGAGGCGAAGAAGUUCGCCAAUCCGCUCGGUUUCAAGACGGCAGUCAUCGUCGGUGGCCACUCGAUCGAAGAGCAGGCCUUCCAGAUGCGCGACGGCUGUGAGAUCAUCAUCGCCACCCCCGGCCGUCUCGUCGACUGCAUCGAGCGCCGCGUACUCGUCCUCUCACAAUGCUCCUACGUCAUCAUGGACGAAGCCGACCGCAUGAUCGACAUGGGAUUCGAAGAGCCCGUGAACAAGAUCCUCGACGCCCUCCCCGUCAACAACGAGAAACCCGACUCGGACGCCGCCGAAGACGCCGCCGCCAUGAAGCGCGGCAUGUACCGCCAGACCAUGAUGUACACCGCCACCAUGCCCACCGCCGUCGAGCGCAUCGCGCGCAAGUACCUCCGGCGCCCCGCCAUCGUCACCAUCGGCAACGCCGGCGAAGCCGUCGAAACCGUCGAGCAGCGCGCUGAGCACCUCCCCGGCGAGGAAAAGCGCAAAAAGCGGCUCGCCGAGAUCCUCAACUCCCGCGCCUUCGCGCCCCCCAUCAUCGUCUUCGUCAACAUCAAGCGCAACUGCGACGCUGUGGCAAGAGACAUCAAACACAUGGGCUUCUCCGCCGUCACCCUGCACGGCUCCAAAACCCAAGACCAGCGCGAAGCCGCCCUGCAGUCCCUCCGCGACGGCCGCACCGACGUCCUCGUCGCCACCGACCUGGCAGGCCGCGGUAUCGACGUCCCCGACGUCUCGCUCGUGGUCAAUUUCAACAUGCCCAGCAGCAUCGAGGCGUACACGCAUCGCAUUGGUCGUACGGGCCGCGCGGGGAAAUCUGGUGUGGCGAUUACGUUCUGGGGCAAUGAGGACGCGGAGGUGCUGUAUGAUCUUAGACAGAUGCUGGGCAGGAGCUCGAUUAGUAAGGUCCCGGAGGAUUUGAGGCGGCAUGAGGCUGCGCAGCAGAAGGGGGGGAGGAAGAGGGAGGGGAAGAGCGUUGUUACGUAGCUGGAAA